UCUUACUUUCCAAUGCUUUUCACGUUUCCUAAAUUUUAAUUGUUUUACUUUGUCUUUUCAUAGCGUCAAGUAGCAGAGUAGGAACGGCCGAAAUGCAGAUAUAAGAAUAAUGACCCCCCAUGAUACAAUACAUGACAUACACAACAGCGAAACAUAGAGAAAGAGAGAGAUGGCUGCAGUCGAGGAAACAAGUAAGUUCUCCGAAGAGUAUCCAAUGAAAGGUGGAGAUGGCCCCAACAGCUAUGCCAACAACUCAACUUUUCAGAAAGGAACGGUGGAUGGUGCCAAAGAACUUUUAAGCAAGGCAGUUGCAGAAAAGCUCGAUUUGUUAUCUUCUAACACCUUUUACAUUGCUGAUUUGGGUUGCUCUGUCGGGCCAAACACAUUUAUCUCAGUUGAAAACAUAAUCGAAGCUGUGGAAUUCAAGUUUCAGAGCCAAGGGCUGAAUUCGCAGAUCCCUGAAUUUCAGGUCUUCUUUAAUGAUCAUACUCUGAAUGAUUUUAACAGGCUCUUCAAAUCCCUCCCGCAGACCAGGCGAUACUACGCUGCGGGCGUGCCGGGUUCUUUCUAUGGUCGUCUAUUUCCUAGUACGUCUAUUCAUUUUUUUCAUUCAACUUUUGCCCUUCAUUGGCUUUCUAGAGUACCAAAAGAGGUGGUGGACAAAAACAGUCCAGCAUGGAACAAAGGACGAAUUCAUUACUCAAACUCCCCUGAUGAAGUUGUAAGGGCUUACGAAGCUCAACAUGCUGAGGACAUGGAGUGCUUUCUGAAUGCCAGGGCACAAGAGAUUGCAGACGGAGGAAUCAUGGUACUCGUCAUUUUAGGCCGGCCCAAUACUGUUCUUCAUUCUGACUCUGUGGUAAAUGUGAGCUUUCAACUUAUAGGGUCUUGCCUCAUGGACAUGGCUAGGAAGGGAGUAGUAAGUAAGUGAAGAUAAAGUAGAUACAUUUAACUUUCCUGUGUAUUACAUGACUCCCCAAGAACUGGAAGCUGCUGUAGAAAGAAAUGAAUAUUUUAGUUUAAAGAAGUUGGAAACAGUACCUCACAUUCCGAUUCCUCCCACUGUCUCUCCAAGCCAACUCUUUGUAUCUCUCGCGAGAGCUGCCUUUGAGGAAGUCAUCAAGCAGCAAUUCGGAGAAGAAAUCUUAGAUGAGCUCUUUGACUCGUAUCUCAAGAAACUUGAAGAGCAACCCUCCAUCAUUGCGUCAGCGACUGAAACUGCAAUCAUCUUUCUUGCCGUGCUUAAGCGCAAGUAAAAUGAUGCGAACAUGAUGUCUCAGUACUCAUGAAGAUGUUGUCAAAUUUCAUUUGCUUCAUUGUUAUGUUAGUUUUCUUUUUUAUACGAUUAAGUGGAAUAAAACCUCUGUACGAGUCUUAGCUCAAGUGGCUUGGGAAGACGAGAUGGAAAUGUUGGUUUCCCCUUGUAACCGAAAAUUCACUGCAGGAGAGAGAUACUUUCUAGCC